AUGCUCGACGCGCACAACGGCCUGUUCGCCGCAACCUUUCCAGCCCCGACGCUCGUGCAGAUGUUCCUCGUAGUCCACUGCCUCUGGACCGGCGUCAUGGGCGUUCUCUGCACCUGGGAUCCGUCUUUUUCACCCAUCACCGAAAACGGGGUCUUCAAGCGCGAUGGGUCCAAGGACAAGAUCCUGCACCCCAACGUGCGCGGCGCGUGGAGUGUGCGGGGCGGCUCAAUGUUUCUCACGACGGCGGGCGCGCUCCACUUCGGUACACGAGAGACGUACCUCGUGGCGAUGGCGGCAGCAUGCUGGAGAGAAGCCUACGAUUGCAUCGAACUGCUGCGCUGCACGAAGCGCGGCCAUGUAAUCGUGCUGCGCGUGUGGAGGUCUCCCUUUGGGCCGCAGCCGCCACUGGUGGUCUUCUUGCUCCUUAACCUUCUGGCCAUGUGGGCGAUUCUGACGGCGGACUGA